AUGCAACGCAAGGUUCCCAAACUCAGAGCAGCAGGGCUUCUCCUCUUUGGACUCACAUCCUUCGCGUUUGUGGUGCCGGCUUCGAUCCGCAUUUUGCAGGUUGGGGUGCCCAGCAAGUUCAGACAAGGGUUUCAGACCUGCCUGGCCGGGCAGACGAAGGAGCCUGAUGGGUGCAGAACGGCUCUGAAGGCCUUUGACGGAGGAUUUGAUGUCUUGUCGCAGCUGCUUACGCUGAGCUUGGCGCUGUCUCCCGCGGUCAUCUACGAAUUCCUGCCAGGGUGGAUGCCUCAAGGCCACGUUGCCGGUGUCGCGCUGCAAGAAGAUUCCUCGGAGCUGCAGCUUCUCUCUGAGGACUUGAAGGAUUCGAGCGUGGACUCCAUCCUGGUCCGGCUUGGGCGACUGCUGGGACGGUCGGAGACCUUUCUGAGGCUCCAGAAGCCUCUUUCCUCCCUGAACUACAUCGCGGCGGCGGUUCUUGCCUACAACCUCUUCCUGGCACCUUCAGGCGCCCCCGCCCGGCUACCCGAGCCUCUCUUCGGCCUCUGCUCGCUUGGUCUGGGUCUUCUGAUUCUGUCUCGUGUGAGCUCGGCGACUGCGCGCUUUAGCACUGCCCGGAGCUUGUGGGCGGAUGUAGUGAGCGCGACCAGGAAUCUGAGUCGACAAGCUCAUCUGUGGGCAGGCAGAGAUGAGUUCAUGAAAUUCUCCAGGUGGUUGCCAGCGCUUCCCGCCGCGAUGCUCUGCCACCUGCGCUGUGCCGAGCCCGAGCUGGGCGCGAUGCUGCGAGCCUCGCGAGGUUCAAGGGCUCUGCAGGCCGCAGACAGCAGCUUGAGCGACAGGGAAAUCGAGGAGGUGCUCGGCCGGCCUGAAGGAAUGUCCUCCCCCCGCUACGUCUACCUCCGGAUCAUGGCGCUGUCAACGGAGCUGCAGGUCCCGGAGUUGCAGAAGACGGCGCUGGAGAAUGAGCUGUCCCGGCUUUCAGCAGCUUUGACGGCCUCUGAGCGUUCCUCCGAGGAGGUCAGACAACAGUACACCAGGCAGACAGCGCGACUCCUGUUCCUGUGGCUGGCGCUUCUUCCCUUUGCAUUGCCAAGCCAACUUGGAGUUGGCGCAGUCCUCAGCCAUCAGCUCAUUGCCUUCGGCUUGCUCGGCAUCGAAGAUGUUGGAAUUCAGCUGGAGGAGCCCUUUAAGGUCUUGCCACUGGAAGGGCCCUGUGCGAAGCUGGCUGCAGAGUGCCAGGCCUUGCGUGUGAGCUGGCGCAGGAUGCAUAGAGGCUCCGAGGACGAGAAAGCCCAUCUCAGAUUUGGUGAUGGCAAGCAGGACAAGCCUCUCGGAGGAAGUGAUCAGACUCUGAAGCUGGAAGCUGCAGCUCUCACCGAUCACAUGAAGGUCUUGUCCUGUGAGAACCUCGAGCUCCGCGACGCCACUGGGGUGGCACCAGCAGCAACAGGGGAUGCUGAAGGUGAUGGCGCGAACUUCAGCAGCAGCUGGGGCGAGUUCCGGGUGAGCGUCGCGGAGAAUGCCAGACAAGGCUUUGUGACGGACGAGCGGCUCCUGGACAUGGCAAAGCGCAUCCACACGGCUUGGGAGGAGUGCCCGUCUCCAAGCGCCAGGGUGCCUGCCAUGUCCUUGUCGCACCUAGCCCUUGCUGCAGCUCUCCUUUCGACCGUGGCUCGGGGCGAUGAUCCGUGCUUUGAGUCAUCGCGCUCGCGGCUGUCGAAGCUCAUGAACUCCACGGGCAGCCGAAAUUCGAGCAUCUCUUGUGCGCAAGGACGCCGUCCAGUUCACCAGGUUCGGAUGUACCGCCACUGCGUGCGAUCAACAAGCACCAAGGUGAAGGGAGACAAUCCGGAUUACACUCAUCUCCAAAACUAUACAGACUUGCCCAUGCCUGAUUGGAACACCCCGUUGAAGUGGUGCACCGCGCAGGGAGCUGUACUCAUUGAGAGGGAAGGGCAGAAGCUGAAGCAGCAAGAGCCGAUGAUGGAAGUUUCGAAGUUCAGGGUUCUCGUGGACAGCGUCCAACGCGAUGCCACGACUGCAAACUCCCUACUUCAGGGUCUGGCUGGCAAGGGCGAGGUCUACACGGCAAAUGUUGAGUACUAUCCACUGCUCUUCAAUGCGGUUGUCCCCCACACUGGUGCAGGAGUUUGCCGUGGUCCUGACGCAGAGAUUGUCACGGCGCAGAGGCAGCAACGCCUGGACACGACCCCGAUGCCCAUGGGCAUCGGUCCUGCUCACAGCAUGAACCAGACACGGUAUGGGGAAGUGCUGGACUUUUUUGAGAAUCUCUUUGGCGUUGGUUCUGCAGGUCCACUGAGGAAUCUGACCAACCCACCGAUCAUUGACAACAAGACAGGCGAGCUGAUGGGAGCGGCCAUCGUGCUGAAGUUCUUGGCAGAGAACCUGUUGUUUGCUUAUGCAUCCGGCAUUCCACACCCGACUCACACACCGGUAAGCCAGGAGCAGAUACUCGAGCUUGCUUCCUGGAUCGACUGGCAGCGCAGGGUCACCGCAGUGCCUGCUUUUCUCACGCCGCAGAAAGCUUGUGGUGCCCUCUCUAUCAUUACGGCUCUGCUGGAUAAGUCCAGGCACAGAAACGUCAUCCACGUGGGGCAUGACACUGACCUUGAUGCCUUGGCAGACUUCUUCCAAAUUGCAUGGCGGGCACCUCCCUACCCGGCAUCGACGACCACGCCGCCGGGUUCGUCACUCGCGUUUACCCCGCGAGGGGACAACACGGCCUCCGUGCAUUUCACCUACCAAGUCUUUGACUCGACGAACGACCCUGAAGUGAAGGUCGUCCCGACCGUUCCUUCCCAGGUGGACUUGCUCGAAGUCCAGGCUUUCAUCGAGAAGCAGAUCAUGGAGUUUGCAGGUGGGGACUGCCUCCAAAGCUGCAAGAGACUGGUCGCGAAGCUGUGA